CCAAGCGCCGAAACAGAGUCGAGUAACCUCUCACAACGUGGUGUUGCCGUCGCCGCAACAGGAGGUGAAGAGAAUCCACUCGUGGGCCGCAUGAAGCCGUGGUAUCUGAGUUUGUUAUUCGAGGAUGGCUCCCAUCAACACGAAGAAGGAAACCUUACGUCUAGCUCAUGCCAAACAUGCCAUCAAGAGGAUGAAAGAAAGGCGGCGAGACGGAAAGAAAGGUGGCCAAGUCAACCCAACUGUCAAGGCAUUGGUGUCCGAUUCGAACGGGCUUCCUCAUGAUUCAAUGGUGACUUUGGUCGCCAAACCCUCUGCGGGGCGCGCGAAGAAACGGCGGGCCAAGCCAGUGCAGAAUGUCAUGGCAAAAAGUGAAUUUCCAAGUGAUGUAAAUGGAAGUCUAAAUGGACUUGUUCACAAUGGCCAGCGACCUGUCAAAAAGUCUAAGAAGUCCUCUAUCUCACCCAAAACCGAGAAGUCGCCUCAUGUACAUGUUACAGCCUCCUUGUUUACCGCAAGCCCUCCGCAAGGGCAAGGACUCGCCCUCAAAAACCCGAGACCUGCCAAAAAAUCAAACAAGCCCUCUAUCUUGCCAAAUAACGAGGAGUCACCUGGUGUAUUUGAAUCACCCACCUUGUUUAAUGCAAGCCCUGCACAAGGAUCUCCGCAUGAUGUAGUUGGGAUGUCAAUAGCUGAUGCUGACAUAGAUUAUUCCCCAUACAUUAAGCCCUCUGCUGUAAGAAAAGUGUAUGUCAACCGAAAGAAAUCAGGCUCAGUAAGCGAGGUUUCAAACUCUCCAUAUCUCGCUGGUCCAUUUUCAACCACCAAGCCCCCUGUCUUGCACCAAGAUCUUACAGAUUUUGUUGCCCAAGGUGAAGAGAGGCUACCCGUUCCAAAUGAGACCAGAAAGGAUCUGAAGAAGUCUUCAUCUAAGACUAGCAACUUAGACCGAGAUUUUAUCUUUCAGAAGACCAAGAAACCAGCCCUUCCCUCUAGAAAGGAAAAACCUAAGAAGUCUUUAAAAAUUUCUAGUAGUUCAGUCAAUAUCAAGAAAUUGUCUGCUCCAAUGUCAAUUAGGAAAACUUCUGCUAGAGUCAAAAUACCAAGUUUUGUUGUCACUGCUGAUGAUUCUUAUAGCAAAAGUGAGCUUAAGACUACUCAAUUUUAUAAAAAUAGCAAAAAUAGAAAAGCAAAGUCAGGAUUUAGUGUGACAACUGUCUCUGAAAAUAAAGUCCCUGUGAUCAACAAAAGUAGUGAUGAUAACGAGCCAGUUGUAGAAGUACUGGUUUCUCCUGAUGAAUCUGAAGAUGUAGAAGAACAGGUUGAAUUCUCCAUGAUCAAUGAAAGUAGUGAUGAUAACGAGCCACAAGUAGAUGAAAUGGUUUCUCCCGAUGAAUCUGAAGAUGUAGAAGAACGGGUACCACGUCAACAACUCAAUGAUAAUUCAUCGGCUGAAUUUCAUUUUAUUGAUGGCCAAGUAAUUCUUCACCUGAAACACCCAUCAGUGUUCACGUUUUGUGGUCAGGUCCAAGUCAAGGUUCUUAAAGGCGCUGUUGAAGUUUUGGGUUACUUGCUUACUCCCUCAAGUGGAUAUCAGACAGUCUUUUCCCCUCAUGGAAGUGGUUUGUUGGCACUGCAAACUAUCCCAACAAUAGAAGACCAUUCUGAUAAUAGAAUGGAUCAUGAUGUUAUUCAUACAGUUGACACGCUUCUUAAAGAAGGAAAACCAGAUGAUGCCUUUCUUCUCAUGGAAGAGUCAGAAAACAUCCUUCCAUUCUUUGUUUCCCAGUUUGUAGAUUUCAAUCUGUUCCCUCGUAUUGAAGACAUGGAAUGUGAAGAUAAAUUGUUCAGCCUGGCUAGUCGAAAGCUUCAGUGUGUGUGUGACCCACCCCAGGAUUAUAACAUAAUUAAAAAAGGGGAAUUAUGGGAUGAUAUUGGUCGAGAUAUUGUAGAAAAUCCAGGUUGUACAGUGCUUUGUGGUGGUAAAGGUGUAGGAAAAUCUACCUUUCUUCGAUACUUAAUUAACCGUUUAUUAUCUAAUGGAAGUGAUAAAGUUUUAGUCAUAGACUUUGAUCCAGGCCAGGCAGAGUUUACUGUUCCUGGUUGUGUUUCAUUAGUUGCUGUUAAGAAUCCUGUCCUUGGUCCUAACUUCACUCAUCUCCAGAAUCCGCUCAAGUGUAUCUAUAUUGGUGAAAUAAAUGUAACCAAUGCUGUUUCUCGUUACAUGGAUGCUUGUUUGAAUAUCAUAAGCUAUUGGCAAUCUGAUGAAGAACUGAAGAAGAUGCCAUGUGUUGUCAAUACAAUGGGUUUCACCAAAGGAAUCGGAAAUACAAUUAUGGUGCAGCUUCUGUCUGCUUUGCACCCAUCUAGGGUUGUUCAAAUAAUGGGCAAAUUUGAUGAUUUUAACUAUCCUGAAGUAAUGUCUGUGGAGUAUGUUAAAAAGAGUUGCUUGAGCUCUCCCUUCACCAUCAAUUUGGACAGCACCGUGCAUUCUCAGCGCCAUCGUUUAUUCAGUAGAGGCACCUUGAAAUUUGAAACACAUGUCAUCAGUUCAGCAACCGAUUUUGGCGAGGGUAUUCACAAUGUCAAAGGUUUUGAUCCUCGACGACGACGUGAGGCUGUGAUACUUUCAUACCUUUCAGCUAUGGUAUCUGCCCCCAAUUUCUCCAUUCUGGAUGUGGCACCUUAUUGCUGUCCUUUAGAUAAGCUGUAUCUCAAUAUUUGCCAUGAGGCAGUUCCUCCCGCAGUGGCUUUGUCAGCAUUUAAUGCAAAUUUGGUAGCACUUUGCUGUGUUAAUCCUGCGGAGCAGGAUGUUGUACAACUGCCUGAAUCUGGUUUUCCUUCCAUAAUCUCCAAACUCACAACAGCUGACUGCUUAGGUUUUGGAAUAGUCCGAGGAAUUGAUAUGGAUACUCGUCUGAUGUAUCUUUUGACUCCAGUACCAAGCGAUGUGCUGGCAUCUGUCAAUUGUCUGGUGUUGGGUGCCAUCAACUUGCCUUCCUCACUCUACUUCUCACCACCACGUGAGCCAGGGGCGGUUCCCUAUGUUAUUCAAAAAGUGAAGAAGCGUCUUUCUGGUGGCUUCUCCCAAUGCCUAAGUUUUAACUAAGUGAGAUUCUGGAUUUUCAUUUUUCUUUGUUAAAAUAAUAAUAUUCCAAAUAAGUCUGUAAUUUGUUUGAGCUUGUAAAUCUUGUGAAGUGUCUGUUAGAUGAUUCAGAUGUUCAAAUAAAAGGAGUUUAAUUUUUGA